GAGUAAUGUAGGUGUCAAAGAGUGCGAGAGACCGAGUUGUGGGUGGCCAUUAAGCCAUAUAUCGUCAUCUUAGUAAUUUCUUUACUCGUUUCAAUUCCCAAUGAAAGAGAAAGAGAGAGACUUUGGUUAUGGGUUUUUGUGUUGGUAAAACUUGGGAGUGAGUGUGAAAAACUAAAAGAUAAAAAGUGAGAGAGUGAUAAAAAAUAAUAUAUAUAUAUAUAUAUCUAUAUCUAUAACCAACAAAGACCCUUUUCUUGUACUUAAUUCCUCAAAUCAAACUUGGGCUGUUUUAUGCUUCCGUGGAUCCGCUUUUCUCGCUUUUCUUUCAUGAAAUGCAGCAUCCAAAUCCCAUGAGCUUUAUUUCUACUUUUUUUCUUUCUACAAACUAGCUAGCUCACAUACCCACACUCUCUCUCUCUCUCUCUCUCUCUAACUAAACUGAUUUCUUGAGACUGCCAAGUCUCUGUCAUUUUCAUUCCUCUCCAUUUUCUUCUGCUUGGAAAAGCUUUUUCUUUCUAUAUUUCAUCGAUCUUUGUUUGUCUUUUGAAAAGCAAGAGAGAGGUUUUAGUAGUUAUGGGCAAGGAAUGGCAUUGGGGUGGAAGGUCCUCCAAGAGAGGUGGAGUUGGAGGUGGUGCUGCAGAUAGAGAUGCUACUUCUUCCGGUUGCAUGAGUGCUGUUUUUCAGUUCUUCGAUUUUCAUCAGUUUCAGUUCCCUUUACACCACCAGCAACCUUCCUUCAAUCCCACCUCUUUCCCACUCGAAGACCCCACCUCUCCCAAAGGUGUUGAAGCACCAAGGAACAGCUUGAAGUCUGAUGACUCUUCAUUGUCAUCUAUCAUAGAAGAAAAAGAAAAUUUAAAUAUCCCGAUGGGUAUUCAAAUCAAAACAUACGGAACAAAACCAAGAGCUUCAAAUGAUUUAUGCUCAGAUACUAGCAGUUCUCCAGGGGCAAAAACACCAAAUUUGGUAGCAAGACUAAUGGGUCUUGACCUUCUUCCUGAUAAUUCCCACUCACCCACUUUUCAUGCAACGACACCAAAUCCACUCUCCAAGUCACACUCCCACUCUCAUCGGUUUCGCCAACCCCUGCAUAGUAAAUCAAGACAAUCAAUGGAAGGCGAUAGUAAUGCAGGCAGUCGUUCACUACCAGAAACUCCGAGGAUAUCGUCGGCGAGAAGAUCAGACGUGGAUCAUCACCGUCUUUCUCUUCAGAUCAAUAAAGAAAAUGUAAGCGUGGUUGAGGAUUUGGACUUCUCUCGUUUGUCAUAUUUAAGAAGGAAGGAACUUAGAAUUGAAGAUGAGAGUAGAAGCCCAGGUCAUUAUGCUAGGCAAAUUGUCAAACAGGUUAAAGAAAGUGUAAGCAGGAGAGCUGGUAUGGACAUUACCAACACUGUAAGGAACAGAGACCAAUGCAGAGCUGAGCUUGUUAACCAUCUCAGAUCCAAGAAAGCUUCAAAGGGUUUCUCAAAAAUUGCAGAUGAAGCAAGUCCAGGAAAGCAUUCAACUCCUUCUUGCUCUCCAAGGCUGAGAUUCAUGGAGUCGAAAAGUAAUAAUAAACCCAGCAAUACAGCAGUCUCAUCGGCAAAAGAUCAAACACUUCAAGCGCAGUCAAAAUCAAUGUCAUCUUUUUCGGCAUCACGGGUCAAUUCUUAUUCCCAAACCGUUAAAGUGUGUGCGAAGCCAAAGCCUCAGCCAUUGCAAGAGAAACAAGUAGUAGUGCAGCAGGUAUCAAUUCAGAAAUGCAAAAAGACGAAAGCCCGUGAAGGGUUUGGUACGAGGGUGAAGAAACAGGAAGAAUCAUUUGUUCGUCCAUCAACAGCGAACAGAGCCAACAUUCCUGACAAGAAUUGCAAGAAAACCCCGUUAUCGAACAAUCUCGUUAACUUCAAUCAUGUCCCUACUCUUCUUCUUCCACUCAAGAAAUGUCCCUCCCCUCCAGCAACCAAAAUUCGUCAAAAACAACAGCUAGAGAUGUAUGAAGCCCAACAAUCGAACCGUAGCUCACAGUUACCUAGGACCCCGAGCCAAAAGUACGAACAAGAAGCGACACAUGGGCUCGAAACCCAAGACACCAACGGCGGCGACAUCUUUAACGGUGGUAAUUCCUCCUCCACCACCUCCACAAGCGGUGGUGGAGCGGAACUCAGUCACUCACUCCACCAGUACAUUACCAAAAUACUUAGCCGUACUGGUAUACAAUGUGAAACCCCAGUGUCCUUCACCAAAUGGUUCUCUCCUUCUCAUCCUUUGGACCCUUCAAUUUUUUACUACCUCGAACAAUAUUACUCUACAAAUGGGUUCUCAAUUUCAUCCACAAAUAACACCCAAUUGAAUCUCCAAUGCAAUCGGAGGUUACUGUUUCAAGUGGUGGAUGAAAUCUUGGUACAAAUUCUGAAGCCCCAUUUGAACAUGAAGCCGUGGGUUACUACUACUACUACUUCAACUACUCGCUCCUCCGAAUAUAAUAUCAUGCAGGGGUCAGAGUUAAUAGAAGCACUUUGUUUGAGAAUUAAGAGGUUUCCAUGCGCAGAUUGUCAAGUCCUGGAAGACAUUGAUGAGCUGAUUGACAAAGAUUUGCCGGAAAUGAAAGCCCAAAACGCAAUGGCGUUUGAGGAAGAAGGAGAAGGUGUUGUAAACGAGAUAGAGAAGCAUAUACUGGAUACCCUUGUACAUGAAACGGCUCUGGUCAUGGUUGUGUAAACGUUUCCACACAGAAACGACGCCGUUUUGUUGUUGAGCCUCACAGGGUGGGUUUGGGGAGAGAGAGAGAGAGAGAGAGAGAGGUGUGGUGUGGGUCACAUGAGCCAUUCACGUGAUGAGAUGCUAUUCGUCGGGGGUGUGGUGGGACCCUCACUUCACCAGAUUGGGACUUGUAAAGGUGGGUUUUGAGUUUGACAUGUGGCAUAGAACCCCCCCGACAACACUGGCCCUCUCAUUGUUUCUCAAACGACAAUGUUGCCAGAGGAAUCCAUUCCCUUCUCCCCGUUCUCUAUAUCUUGUUCAAACUUUUUUUUUUCUUUUUGCUUUUUUUUGGGAUAAUAUAUAAUUUUUUUUCCUUUACUUUUCUAAACUUCAAAUAACUCAAAAUUAUGCUUCGGUUAAAGUAGUAGCUAGAGAACCUGUAUUUGCUUGAUCUAAUUAUACUUGGUAGCCAUGUACUAAAUCCUAUGUUGUGAAUGAAAAAAAAAAAAAAAA